AUGUCAGAUCCAGCACAGGCCAUCCGCGCCUUCAUCGUAGGCUCCUUCCAAGAGCUACCUCCUUCGAUUGUCGAUGAUAUUGGCAGCGGAUCGGUCUCGCUCCUGGGCGUCGUCCGUCUCCUCGGCGAAUAUCUCACAUCGGAAGAGGAGGAAAUAAGAACUCGAGCGGUUCAGCUCCUCUCCGACAUCACUUGCCACUUCCUCGAAUCCCCAUCACAGACCAAAGAACCCCUCGCAAGCAUAUUCACUAUCCAGGCAGUACGCACACUCACAGCAUUCUUCGCCGACAAAAUCGCAGACGGCGUCAUCAUCUCGGACAACUUUGUCCGAUCAGCAAAGGCGCCAGAGGUCCUUCCAGACUCUGCCUCGAGGGCUCGAAAGAAUGAGGUGGAGCAAAAGACGUUGCAGGGCAGUGCGAUGCUCGUCAGCUCGCUCAAGGCUCUCACCGUCUUGAGUGCUUGCAGGGCGCCAACAGAGACAACACCAGCGGCUCAGCCUCCAGUCAAGGGCUUCGGUCAAGAGCAGGCACACGCAGUAGCACACGCACUGUUCACCAACGUCGUCGCCACCAACCACCCGCAGAGCCUUCGUUUCAUCAUCUAUCGGCUCCUAGACAGUCUUGUUGCGCAUCACAGAGCUGCGCUCAAGGCGUACCGCUCUUCGGCAUCAGACACCACCGACGAACAGCCGUCAGAAGCAACACCAUCCGCAACAACUCCAAUGGAAGUCGACACCUCCUCAGACGAAGCGGCAGCCGCGUCCCAAUCCGAGACGUGCCAAGGCAAAGACUUCCUGCGAGGCUACGUCAAGAUGGUCCAGGGUGAAAAGGAUCCCCGCAACCUCAUGGUGCUCUUCGGCGUCGACAAGGUUCUUCUCACCGAGUGGGUCAUGGACCGCGAAAUGACCGGAAAGUUCUUCGACAUCACCUUCUGCUACUUCCCCAUCACCUUCCGACCGCCCCCCGACGAUCCAUAUGGAAUCACUUCGGACGAUCUCAAGGUCGCACUGCGGGCAGCCAUCUGCGCCUCGCCAGCUAUGGCGCCUCUCGGCUAUCCUCUCCUGCUCGAGAAGCUCAGUGCCGCCGGUGGCCCGGCCAAGCUCGAUACGCUUCGAACCCUGAUCGCUGCCAUGCCGGUCUACGGGCGCGCUGCCGCCCUCGCAAACGCCCUCAAGCUCUGGGAGGGCCUCAAGAUUGAGAUCUUCCACGCGACCGACGACGAGACGGGCGAUUUAGCCGUCGACACGCUUACUGUGCUUCUGCACGUGCUGUACCACGGAGUCGAUCCGCCCGAGGGAGUCGCACCCAAGAUGGUGCACGACUGUCUGGUGGAGCUGGAGGAGCCUGGCAAGUCACUAGCCAAGGCAAGCAUCAAGGUGCUCUCGUGCCUCAUCCGUGCUUCUGCCAGCACGGCCUACCUGGCGGUGUACGGCUUCAUGGAUCAGAUGAUCAAGAUGUUUGCCGACCCGGAGGACCUUGCGCAGCGCACACCCAUCCUUGCAGGCAUCGGCGAGCUGCUCGAGGCCCUCGCCAAGGUGUACCGCCACGCUGAGUUGGCGCGAGCGGAAGACGAGACCAAGGCCAAGCCAGCCGAGAUCGGAUCUGGCCAGCUGCUGCCCAUGACAGCAAGCGAGCGCAGCUAUACCGGCGACAACCGACCCCUCGAUCCCUUCUUGGCCGACCUGCUCAACUGUCUCUCCAACGGUCUGCGCUCGACAUCAUACCGUCGUUCGGCCAUGCUUGUCUACUCGUCGGUCGUUUCGAUCUCCAUCCUCAGCAGCGGCCCCACCAGCGAACCGGGCACCACCGAGCAGAAAGCACUGCUCGACUUUGACGAGCUCUCGUUCCUCACGCGCGAAGUGUCGUCCCUUCUCACCUCGUCCAUCGGCGACGAUGUCCGGGAGGAAGCGCUGUGCGCGAUCGAGGUGAUCUCGAACGAGCGCACUUCCACGUCGGUUGCUGCGACCAACCCGACCGCUCAGGUCAUCGAGGAGGUCGUGCUACCUGUGCUGCUCGAGAAGCUCCCCGAUCGGAUCGAGCCGCUCACCGACCCGGAGAGCCGAACCACCGGCAACGCUAUGGACGACACCGAGGCCGAGCUCGACCUGGUCAAGGCCAACAUUCGGCGCAGUCUCGGCGCGCUCUCCCGCCUCUGCGUCGCACCGUUCCUCUUCGAAGCGGUGGUCGUCAAGCUGUUCACCAAGCUCGAGCUGUGUUGUCGUCCCAGCCGAUUCGGGGUGACGGAGAGCAGUGAGGAGGGCGAAGCCGAGUCGACGGUGCGCGAGCAGCUGGCUGCGCUGCAGGAGGCCAACGUAGGCUAUGCGAGAGGGUUGAUCCUGACGCUACAGACGAUGGUCGAUCUGAAGCGACAGAAUGGACAUCGCGAUCUGGUCAAGUAUGCGCAGACGCUGCCGUCAAGGUUGGUCGGGUUGACGCUGUCAGGGCUGGGAACGGGAGAGGGUGGUCGAGAGGUGAGCAUUGCUGCAAGACCAGCGGUGGUUGCUGAUACGGCCGCGCUGCUGGGGACGUUUGUCAAGCUGCUCGAUGUCAACCGUCAGAAGGAUCUGUUGGCCAGUCUCAACACGACCUUCGUUCGGGGUCAGUCGACGUUCGUCACGGAAGGUGGGGAGGAAGGGGUUAGUCUGAUCCCUGCCAAGUCUCCACUCGCACAGACCUUCGAACCCUUCACAACGACGUCCGAGACACCUUUCGCAACGGCCAGUCGGAACACCGUCGCCCUCCUCUCAGCCGCCGUCGUCGCCUCUGCUCCAGCAGCAGGCGUCGUCGUCCUCACCCCCUCCACCCCAACCUCCGCCCACGACGCAGCUCUCUCCUCCAUCUCCCUCCUCCUCUCCUUCUCCCUCUCCGUCCCGUCCUCCUCCUCCCCCUCAUCCGCCCUUCAACUCAACUCGACCUACUGGCUCGUCUGCGCCCUCACCAACAAGUUCAUCGACGAAACCUCCCCUGCCUUCCUCGACACGCUCGACGUCUUCUGGACCACCCACGUCAAGCCACCCUCCUCCUCGUCUCCGCGUCGUCGUAUCGCCGUGCAGAUGUGGAUGUGGUUGACGCGCGCGCUGGUGGUCAAAUCGUCCAAGUUGGCCGAAGCGAUGUUGAACCGGGUGCUGAUCGAGGUGUUCGACGAUGUGGCGGGUAAGAUUGUGGGUGCUAGCGACCCAUCGCAGCUCGUUCCCUCGGGAGCGGCGAAAGGCGAGGUGGAGUGGGCCUUUGCGCGUGCCGUUGCCCGGGAUCUAUCCGCGAUUGUGGGCGUCGCAGACGACGGGGUGGCGACAAAGGAAAACGGUUUCACCGUGCGAUUGCUGUGGAAGCAAAAGGUGUUUUCCUUCCUCGUCCCUAGGUUGCUCGAGAGUUACGAUAAUGCAGUCAAGCUCACCCGACGUCAUGCGCACACCCACGUCCAUUCUUCCACGUGCGACCAUGAGGAGAAGGAGGGAGGCGAGGUGGAAGGUCAGACGAUCUACCUCGUAACUCUCGCGGGGUUGCUCCCCUCACUGCCAUCGAGCAUGCUCGUCGAGCGACUGCCGGGGUUGUUCCCGCUGUUGAUCCAGGCAUUGGAGUUGCCAGACGCAAGGGCGAGGAGUGCAGCCGCAAACGCUAUCACCGUCGCCUGCGAGGUAGGGAAGAAACUCCCCUCCUCCAACGAAGGCGAAUUCGAUCCGACCACCCUCAUCGCAGGUCACCUGCAAAGCAUCACUGCGAAGCUGCUGGUGAAUAUCCGUGCGUCAAAAUUUACACCCGUCAGCACGCGGGUUGCUGCGCUGAGGACGUUGACCAGUCUAGCAGCGAAGCCCGACGAGGAAGACGAGACGGGCGUCAAGAAGGAUAUCGGCGGACUGGCACACCACCACCUCCACCCGUUGCGGGGCAGCGUGCUCAAGGAGCUCGGUAGGGACGGCAGGGGUAUCGAUGAUAAGGUGCGCGCGGUGAGGAGCGUCGCCGUCGACGCAAGGGACGCUUGGUUCGCCGUCUCCGAGACGUAA